GCCGUACGUUGAUUGGCUAAGAAUAUGUCAAUCUUACUUGGGGGUGGAGCUGCCUUAUUUUCCCAGCCAAUCACAGGAACUUCCGCUCGCCGGUAAAAGUAGCUAACAACAUCAUAGCCCCGUUGCAUGCUGCGUCUUAAUAUUGUGCCACAUUUUUUGGUAAAUUUAAUUUUUCUAAACCGAGAUAAGGUUUGUAGUAAUGUUCGUUUUUGAGCGACCAUUUAAACUUUUAAGAAAGUGAGAUUUUUCUUUAUAUUUAGUCAGCAUUUGCUGUUGACACUUGGAUAAGGGCGCAUCAGAUAUAACUGCCAAGGCCAAAAACAGUACUGGCAACUAAAGAUAUUAAAUUGUACAGUUAAAUCAUUUAUUUAUACCUGUGGAUCGUGUGACAAGACAAUGAGAGGUUCUUACAAUGACAGAGACCGAGACCGUGGCCGUGACAGAGGUAAUCCUCGAUUUGGAUCCAGCAGAGGUGGACCACCACCGGGUAAAAAGUUUGGGAAUCCUGGAGACCGUUUACGGAAAAAGAGAUGGGACUUGGAUGAGCUUCCCAAAUUUGAGAAAAACUUUUACACUGAGCACCUGGAAGUGCAGCGAAUGAGCCAGUAUGAUAUUGAGGAGUAUCGUAAGAAGAGAGAAAUCACCGUUCGUGGGUCAGGCUGCCCAAAGCCUGUCACCAGCUUUAAUCAGGCACAGUUUCCACAAUAUGUGCUGGAUGUACUAAUCCAGCAGGAUUUCAAGGAGCCCACGGCCAUUCAGGCACAAGGUUUUCCACUGGCACUCAGCGGGAGAGACAUGGUGGGCAUCGCUCAGACAGGCUCUGGAAAGACCUUGGCGUACCUCCUGCCCGCCAUUGUGCACAUCAAUCAUCAGCCCUACUUGGAGCGAGGAGAUGGGCCUAUUUGCUUGGUGUUGGCUCCCACAAGGGAGCUGGCUCAGCAGGUCCAGCAGGUGGCAUAUGACUAUGGAAAGUCAUCCCGCAUCAAAAGCACCUGUGUGUACGGGGGCGCUCCUAAAGGACCUCAGAUCCGGGACUUGGAGAGAGGUGUUGAGAUCUGCAUUGCCACUCCGGGUCGUUUGAUCGACUUCCUCGAGGCAGGAAAGACCAACCUGCGGCGGUGCACAUAUCUUGUUCUGGAUGAAGCUGACCGCAUGUUGGACAUGGGUUUUGAACCACAGAUUCGCAAAAUAGUGGACCAGAUCAGACCGGACAGGCAGACCCUUAUGUGGAGUGCUACGUGGCCUAAAGAGGUCCGUCAGCUGGCAGAGGAUUUCCUGAAGGAAUACGUCCAAAUCAAUAUUGGAGCUCUGGAGCUCAGCGCCAACCACAACAUCCUUCAGAUUGUUGACGUUUGUAUGGAGAAUGAAAAGGACCAAAAGUUGAUCCAGCUGAUGGAAGAGAUCAUGGCUGAGAAAGAGAACAAAACCAUUAUCUUUGUUGAGACCAAGAAGCGCUGUGAUGACCUCACACGCAAGAUGAGACGUGAUGGGUGGCCAGCGAUGUGUAUUCAUGGUGAUAAGAGCCAGCCAGAGAGAGACUGGGUUUUGUCAGAGUUCCGUAGUGGCAAAGCUCCCAUCCUCAUUGCUACUGACGUGGCCUCGCGUGGUUUAGAUGUGGAGGAUGUCAAGUUUGUUAUCAAUUAUGACUAUCCCAACUCAUCUGAGGACUACAUCCAUCGUAUCGGCCGCACGGCCCGUAGCACCAACAAAGGAACUGCUUACACUUUCUUCACUCCGGGGAAUCUCCGGCAGGCCCGAGAGCUGAUCCGGGUGCUAGAAGAAGCCCGGCAAGCCAUCAAUCCCAAACUGCUGCAGCUGGUUGACACUGGACGUGGAGGAGGUGGCCGCUCCCGUUUCCGUGGCUCCAGCUCUAACAAUCCCAACCUGAUGUACCAGGACGAGUGUGAUCGACGAAUGCGUUCUGUGGGUGGAAGCGGCAACUCCAAGGACGGCCGCAGUGGUGGUGGCGGCAGCAGCAACUACGGCCGAGAUAGCCGUGGAGGAAACGGCUCCUCUUCCUCCUCCUCAUACAGAGAUCGAAGCAGCAGGGAUGGAGGAUGCAGCUACAGUAUCCAGUAUCUGAAUAAUGGCAACAGCUCUAGGGGAGGUGUGACGGUGCAGAUCCCACCUCCUUCAUCAGGGCCCCAGCCUCUAAUGGCCCAGCAAUUCACCUCUCCACAGCCCAUGAUGGGUCUGAUGGGGCACUCACCGUUCCAGUUUGCAGCUCCGCUGUCUCUAUCAGGAAGAAAAUAAUGAAAAAAAACACUACACCCAGUUACACACACAGGACAGUGUCU